AUGUUCGAUAUGAACUUUAGGGUGGGCUUUGAAUGGUACACGUCGGUACCAAUUGCUGCUAACAAUCGACUUUUGUGGAUUGCCACAUUAGUGGCAGUGCUCUCCACAGAUCAUGCGCAAGCAUCCAGUGAGAGAAGCAAAAGAGCGAUAGAUACAAAAUCACAAUUUGGAGGCUACAACUAUGAACCACCGAAUCAAAUAUUCACUCUACCACCGCGACAAACGACUGAACAAACACCUAGACCACCACCGAUACCAACUAGACCGCCUGUAACUCCAGGAUAUCCCUAUUCAACUCCAGGUCAUGAUAUAACAUACACAGAAAGGCCGGUAACGUACACCUUGCCCACUCAAGGUCCUCCAACGGGUUAUACCUAUACAGAACCGACGCGAGCACCAACGCCACAUACAUUUAGGCCAACGCCUAGACCUCCUGGACCUCCAGGACCUACGACGUCAACCACCAAGACCUCCAACACCUCCACCGUACCACCCACCUUCUCCGCCACAGCCACCUAG